CUGUGCCAGUGAGUUUGCUGUGAACGGUAUUGUUUAUAACCUGGAAAGCCUGGGGGAUGGAGUCCAGUGGAUUACCCUCUUGGUGGACAGUGAUGGACUGUACAAGAUGAGUCGUCUGUAUGUCACUCCUGACGCCGCCUUCUUCCGAGUUCACAUCCUGGUUGUGGAUACUUCAAACUGCAGUAAACCAUGUCCAGACUUUAAACUUGGCAGCAGGUACAUCGUGAUGGGGAACAUCUACCACAAGCGCCGGCAGGUGCCCGCCGAGCUGCUGCCAGCCCUGCGCGGGCGGCUGCGGCCAGGGGACGGCUGGGUCGGGAGCAGCAGCGGCUACGUGAGGAGAUUCAACAGGAAAAGGGAUCUCAGGGUGAGGGCAGCGCGCUCCGAGUGUCCGUAAAGCUCCGGGAGCUCCGUCCGGGAUGUGGGAGCAGCGGGAUUCACCUCAGAGCACACCUGGGCAUGGGCAGCGCUCCUGUUGGCAACCGCAAGCCAACACCUGCUCCUGUGCUUCAGCAAACACGGGGUGCCUCGAG